AUGAAUUCAGAAUGGGAAACAGAUUCGGAUCGAAAGCUAACAUUUUUCAAAUGCAUAAAGUGGCAAUUCGAAGACACUCUUGAUCCUAUUAACUGUCCUUUCCACUACUUCUGUGACAGUCUCUACCCCGGCGACUACCCUCAAAUCAUCGACGUUUUAGUUUUCUUCUUCAUCACUUUUUCUUACUUGACGACGCUAAUCGCCGUGUUAAAGAAGGUAAUAUCAAGAAGAAGAGGAAGAGAAGAUGCUGAUAAUGGUGAUAGUUAUGAUGAUAAAGCAAAAAGGUACUUACUUCCUUCUGGUCCAGUCUCUCUUCCUCUGAUCCUCUUGAUCUUUGCAAAAGGUCAAAGAAUCAAUACCCUUUUCCCAAUUUCCAUCUUUGGACCUGCAAUACUGCAGCUAGUUCAAUUCUCGGUGCUUAUAUUCGAGAACAAUAUCGAAAAAGAAGCAAGCUUUGUGUUCUUCGAAGCCUCUACUAUCUCUGGAAUUCUCCACGCGAGUCUUUACUUAGACGCUGUGAUUCUCCCCUACUAUACAGGCUUCGAUGCUCUGGUCACUUCGACGUUUUCUGGAGUCUGCAAGUCUUGCAUUUGCAGGAAAGAACCAUUGAUAGUUGGAGGGAAGAUUGUUGCUUACCGAGGAUGGUCUAGUACAACGUUUUUGGUGGUCGGUGCUUUGUGUUUGAGGAUUAUAUGCAAGUUAUGCAGAGAAGAAGCAAAGAGGAAGAAGGUUAUGGUGGUUAAAAAUGUAGUUGAAGGAUUGGCAUGGAUUGUUCUUAUACGAGAUUGUGUGUACUUAGCGGUUAUGUCUCCUGUCGAAGAACCGGUCUCGUUUCGGGUUUUUGUGUUUGGUUCUCUUCUUGUGUUGAUCUGUGUUUAUGUAAUCACACAAGUAUGCUGUUUGGUUAGUCGGAGACAGAGUAAGAAGACAACAAACACUUGA